AUGUCGACCUGUUCAGCACGACUCUGCAACUACCACUUCUUGUUGACUGGUUACCGAGGCCAACCUCGCCCAGCACGGAGCCUAUGGAGCAUAGAUGACAACCCCGACAAGAUAUUUCGCAACUGGGGAGAGCCAGGUACCGGAACAGAAGCGCUCGCCCGGUACCCGACAGACUUCCUCCGGGACGUCAUACCCAUCCCAUGCCAUUCGCACAAUGACUACUGGCGCAACAUCCCGCUCUAUUCAGCGGUUCACGCAGGAUGCAUCGGAGUCGAGGCAGACGUAUGGUACUUCGACGACCAGGACAAGUCGGAGCUGUACGUUGGUCACGACGCCGCAUCGCUAACCCCGGCCCGCACUUUUCAGUCUCUGUGUGUGACUCCGCUGGUGGAAUUGCUCAACCGAUCCAACCCCCAGACACGCUUCGACAACGGCACGGGUCGUGGCAUCUUCGACCGUGAUCCCUAUCAGACCCUCCAUCUCCUGGUAGACCUGAAGACGGACGGCGCCACGACUUGGCAGCAUGUCGUUGCGCAGCUGGAACCCCUGAGGGCCAGGGGCUGGCUGACCCAUGUCGAGGACGGCGUCGUCCACAAGCGACAGGUUACGGUCAUGGGGACCGGCAACACUCCCUUCGAUGCAAUAGUUCAGAACUCGACGUAUAGGGACGUAUACUUCGAUGCGCCGCUCGGAGAGUUGCGGGAGGAUCCCGACGUCCCCCAUCCGAUGCAGACCAUGCCCAUAAGGACAAUCGACUACAACGAAACCAAUUCGGUAUACGCAAGCAUGGGCUUCGGGAGGGCCGUGGGCUCGGUCUGGACGGGUCUCAGCGACGACCAGCUUCGGACGAUCCGCCGCCAGAUAUUGAGCGCUCACAGCAGGGGGCUGAAGGCCAGAUAUUGGGACACUCCCGCGUGGCCGAUCAGCUUCAGGAAUAGCAUAUGGCGUACGUUGAUGGAGGAGGGUGCAGACAUUUUGAAUGUAGAUGAUCUGAGAAGCGCGGCGAAUCUGCAAAUGGCUAGAAAGAGCAGUUCACACGGCUUCUCCGAGUAG